GUUGCCCAAUGCAGUUUCCUGAUUUCUCAACUGGUGCUCUUUCUUCUCUUUCAGAACCAUGAGCAUACAGCAUACUGAAAAUGUCUCACUGGGUGCUGUGCCUCCUUCUUCUCUGCUGCAUUAUAGGUUGCCGUGCUGUGGAGUGGUCUAUGUCUGUCCCAGCUCAGGUGAAUGGUACUAAGGGACAGAAUGCCAUUCUACCAUGCACUUUUACUCACCCAGAACAGCACUUUUUCACAGGGGAGAUUCUUGUAAAAUGGAUAACGGGACAAUUUAAUGGGCCUACCAUUUUCCAGUGCAGUGUGAUAAACAGCACUGAAGGGAGGUAUGAGCAUUGUUCAGACCCCAAGGUGCCAAACCGUUACUCUCUGCAGGGGAACCCACAAGACAGGAACUUGUCGCUCCUCAUACGGGGGCUGGAGCUCACUGAUUUCAAAAGGUACUAUUGUAGAGUGGAGCUGGACACGAGUAGAAGCGCCAUGUACCAGAACAGAACAGGAACCUGGCUCCAAAUCUCUGCUCUGCCUGAGAUCCUCAACCUCACCCUGGUGCCAGGACCUCCACCCAGCAAUGUCAGCCUGGAAUGUGUGGCUGAAGGGAGCCCACGCCCUAACCUAAUCUACCACUCUCCAGCAGGCCUGGCGAUACCGGGCUUGAUACCUGUUUCAUCAGAUACCAAUCCCUUCCGGAUCGUGGUUCGCAUCCCUUUCACUUCACGUGACACGUACGUGUGCCGAGCCACAAACCAGCUUGGCACAGCGGAGCGGGUCUUCUCCGUGCAUCAGGGGCCGUCAGCCCUUACCUUGGCCCUGUGCAUCCCUGGUGCCAUGCUCCUACUGGGUCUGAUGCUCUUUGCGCUUUGGCUCAAGCAGAGAGGAACUGUACCAACCUGCAGCUUUGGACACAGUAAAAAUUUGUUCUUUAGGAACAAGCAUAAAGAGGAAGCUCACAGUCAACCACCCGAAGGAACUGUACCAACCUGCAGCUUUGGACACAGUAAAAAUUUGUUCUUUAGGAACAAGCAUAAAGAGGAAGCUCACAGUCAACCACCCGAAGGAGAUGAUACAGGGAUAGUAUAUGCUGAAAUUAAUUUGAAGAACAUCACAAAUGAUCUGGUGCUGCCUACGAUUAAAGAUCAAGACAAAGAUGUCUGCUAUGCUGAAGUGGUAUUCAGUUGAAAUGCUGCCUCUUUGAAGAAGAGCUGAAUCCAACUGUCUUGGCUCUGACUCUAUACUAUGAGAUUUCAUGUGGGUAGCAGUGUGUUGUGAUGGAAAGAGAACGUCAGGGCCUUAAUUUGAGAAUACUAAUGCAGAUAGCAAAUGCAGUGUGCAAGUUCUGGUAUGAAUACAUAUGAUGUGUGUCCAUAAAAUGCUAUUCUAAUGAUGCAAUAUACAAAAUGUACAUGGCACAUGAUGCAGCUAGGUAGGGUUUUGAUGUGUAAUGAGAUGAAAGUGUGAUGUAAGAACACAUAUGCAGUAGGAUCUAUGUGUGAAUGUCUGCAAUACAUUAAAGGUUAUUUUUAUAACUGGACCAUAUAAAUGUCCAUGGUAAGCCAGUGCAUGAUUGUUUUUUUCUUCAAGAACAGGCUUCUGCUGGUGUAUUGUUCAGACCACUUACAUCUGUUAAAACCACACUGCACCCAGUGCCUAUUCCACCCAACCUGCUUAAAAAGUGCAAAUGUCAUUUUGUAAAUAACUAGGUAAAGAAAGUAUUGCAUUGGUAAAUUCAUUUUAUUUUUGACCUGCUAGGCUAUUAGGCAGUACCUGAAGCUGACCAUUGUAUUGCAAUUUCGGACACAGACAUUUUUUCUGUUCAAUUAAAAAUGGCACCAUUUA